CUUUCACAACUUACAACUAUUUGCUUUUAAUUAUGUGGCCACCACUGUAUAAUACAAAAUGUGACUUACCAUUCAAUGAUCAAGAUCAAAAAAGAGUAAACAAUUUUGGUUAUUUUACUUACUCUCUGCAGUGGGAUAAAAGAAAAUAUUUUUGAACUCAUUAUUGAAAUUGAAUCUUGCCAUAGUGACAAACGGAUUAAAAAUACAAUUGAGUGUAACUUGACUCAAAUCAAGCUUAGAUCCAUCCACUACUGCUAACUUUAUUAGAUCGACGUCGACGUAACUAUAACUGUAUUAAAAUGUUCUUCGAAAUGCCAGUGGACAAUUCGGACACCAACAAAUUCUGUACGAAAGCUUGCCUGGCAGCACUGAACGCAGGAUUCCUGUUGUGCAAAUGUGGCCAGGAAAUGAAACGCUACGAGUGGAAGUUCCAGUUGCCGGAAAUCGGAUCCAACGUUGAACUAAAAAAGAAUAAGAAAUACGUACUGUUCCAUCCUCCCGAAAGUGAAGGUACCGCCUUAGUAACCAGCAACACACCCUUCGAAAAAGACAGACACUACUACUGGGAGGUGAAGGCGCUGACCGAACUGUCCGGCGUCGAUGUUAUGAUUGGCGUCGGUACGGGACGCGUCAAUUACGACCAGUUGGCUGAGCAGUGCAGCCUGUUGGGCCUCGAUGCGAAUUCGUGGGGUUAUUCUUACAGAGGUGUCAUUCAGCACGAUAAGGUGAAGCAGGACUACGGGAUUCCGUUCGGGGUUGGGUGUCUUGUAGGUGUGCACCUGGACAUGUGGCUGGGUACUCUCGAGUACUACGUCAAUAGACGGGCUCGUGGUGUCGCCUUUAAAGGCCUUAAAAAGCAUAAAAUGUUAUAUCCAAUGAUGAGUGCUACUAACUAUUCGAUUUUUAGAACGAUUUGUACCGUGUCGGUGAGUACAAGUUUGGAAUUGUACUGUUUGAAGGCUGUGAUGAAGCACCCGCAGCUGUAUCAGACGUACAGGUGUGAGUUGCCGCAAAUCGCUGAACAACUAGAAAGGAAGUACUUUUGGUUGCAACCCUCUAAUGAAGUACUAUCGAAGAUAGCGAUUAGAAGACGAAUGAGGAAGAGGAGUUUUGAAUUAUCUGAUGAAGAACUAUCACCUUACUCGACCGUAUCUGCAAAUGAUUUAAUAAAACGGUUUAAAAGUUAAUAUUUUAUAUUGUUUUUUGUGGACUACAUGUAUAUUUUAUGUAUAUAUCUCAAUAAAAUAAUACUAAAACCCUUUAU